UUAUAAAAAAAUCUAGCAAUACUGUUGACAGUUAACUUUCCGUCAUCUCAUUAUUUUUCUAAAAUAUUUUAAUAGAGAGUAAAUAGAUUCAUUGAUUAUAUAUUUCUAAUUAUUAAAACACAAUAUAAUUCUCAAAAUGCACAGCAUGUGUUAGGUGCGUUGAAAUCGAUGUUAGUGCAAAACUUUCUAAUAAAGCAACACUAUUACAAUAAUGAAAUAUGUCGUCGCAUUAUGGAUCCAUGUACAAUCGAACAAAACGAAAGUGAAUAAUUGAACGUGUGUUUAGUGAAUUAACGUGUUUUAGUUAUAUAUUAUAGUUUAAAAUGGCGCAGACAGUGAGACGCGCCAUCGAGGCGAGAUAUCCCUCAUGUUAUAUACCUAGUAGAAUUAAGGAAAGGAGGGCAAAAGCCAGAGCCCUGAGAAUGGAGAAACAACGUAAACCAGAUAAGCCGGAAGACUUUGUAUGCUAUUCUGAUAGUGAUAGUGAAGAAGAAACCCCUGCACAACAGCACACAGUUCUAUCCACAUCAUACAAUUUUGUAGACUAUGUACGAUCUAGAGAAAUUCAAGCACCAGAGCCCCGAUCCGUGGACCCCUCGUAUGCAACUCGGCACAUGCUAACACACGACAUGUUUCGCGAGACGCCCGUCAACCUCGGCAAUAUGAACAAGGUGUUCUGCUCGCAGUGGUUGUCAGACAGACAGGUGGUCUUCGGUACCAAGUGCAAUAAGCUGAUGGUGUACGACGUGCGCUCGCGCUCGCUGGACGCCAUCCCCACGCUGCGGCCGCGCGCGCCCUGGCCCGGCGCCGAGCACCAGACCGGCAUACACGCGCUGCAGAUCAACCCCUCCCGAACUCUCCUGGCGACCGGCGCGCGAAACUCGUGCGAGCUCGCGAUAUACAGCUUACCCACCCUCGAUCCGGUCUGCGUAGGGGAGGCGCACAAGGACUGGAUCCUCGACAUGUGCUGGCUGGACGACGAGUUCCUGGUGACGGGCUCGCGCGACUCCAAGCUGGCGCUGUGGCGCGCGCCGCCCGCGCCCGCCGCCCUGCGCGCGCCGCAGCAUCGCUUCGUGGCGCCCGUCGCCGUGCGCGAGUGCCGCGCCGGCCAGAAAGUCCGUGCGCUGACGUUCAACACGAAGUGGGGCGAGAUAGCAGCGCUGACGCUCAACGGAUACAUCCACGUGUUCAGCGCCAGCACCUUCCGCCAGUCGCUCUCCCGCAAGCUGCCCUCCUGCCAGGACCUCGUCUGCCUCGCUACGCAGGAAAGUGGAAUAUACGCGAUCGGCUGCAAGUCGUACACUUUGCUGCUGGACUGUCGCACGCUGCAAUCCGUGAAGAAGAUUACGUCGCGGUACAACGGCUGCGGCAUCCGCUCCGCCAGCUUCCGCGGACACAUGCUCACCAUCGGCACCGGGCUGGGCUUACUGAUGUUCUACGACCUGAGAGCGGGUAAAUACUUGGAGAGCAACAUCCACUCCUCUAAAACGGUCACACUCAAAGCUUCCAAAGGAUAUGUGUUCCCGGACGAGGAGGCGGACGGGUUCAACCAGGUGAAGUACGUGCCGGCCAUCUACACGCACUGCUACGACGACAGCGGCACGCGCAUCUUCACGGCCGGCGGCCCGCUGCCCGCGCCGCUCAUCGGGAACUACGCCGGCCUCUGGCAGUAGCCGCCAGUCGCCGCCAGUCGCCGCCAGUCGCCGCCAGUCGCCGCCAAUCGCCGCCAGUCGCCUGACCUCCCACACGUUAGCGGCAUCGGGCGACUUCUGGACGUAACCUUAGUCGUGACGUAGCCGGUUGUAGAGACUCGUACCUUCUAGUGUUCGGUUCGAAAUGUAUGAUGUAAAUAUGAUUAGUAAAAUCUAAGUUUUAUGUGGACUUUUAUUUUUUCAAUGUAAUUUUGGUAUUUUUGGGACUUAAAGAUUAUAUCGAAACUAAUUCGUUGUCUCUUAAUUUGGAUAUCUUUUCUAUGUUUAGAAGGUCGAUAUUAGCUAAACUCUCCUUAAAUUGAAUUAUAUUUUAAAUGAAUUUGAUGGAAAAGAAAAUGAAAUAUCUGUCCAAGUUCCUUUCUAAGAUAUGUAUUACAAAAUUUUCGUUUGUAAAGCCAUAUUACCUCAUUAUAGUUCACAAUUGAAAACGAGAAGAACACGAGUAUCAGAUUCACUACGAGUAAAUAUAAUAAUAAUAACCCGUCAAACCUGACUAACCUAAGUCCAAAGGUACAAGGUAAACUUAGACUACAGAUAUAAAUGUAAAAAACCAGAUGACAUCCUUUAAUAUUCCAUUAUAUUAAAUUAACAAUUAAAUUCGCUCACGAAGGCGCGCCUCCACGUUUUAUUUAUUAAUUUUUAAAAAUUUAAACUUAACAAAUAUAAUGUAAUUUAUAUUUUUUUGCUAUCUCUACUCGUAGUCGUCUUACGCACACUAAGACUUGUAAGCUCAAGCGUCACUCACCCAUACUAACGCACGUCGACAAUAAUAAAAUUUAACGUGAAGAGGCGCGACUUGUAUCCUGUCGCGAGUAAAUAUACCUUUUACAUAUAGUAAAAAAAAAGUUACAUUUUAACUACACAGCAGUGUGACGUCACAAAUAAGAUGUCAUGUCAAGUGAUGAGUCAAGUCGGCAACCUAAAAUCCUCGACCAUCGGAGUGCCCACG